AUGAAGUUCACUGUCGGUUCUGCUAUGGUGGCCACCACCUUCCUCUCCGCUGCGAACGCCGCCUUCCCCUCCAUCCCCAACAUCCCCGAGACCUGCUUGGAGAUCCCCCAGGUCAUUGGCAACAAGCCUCUCCAGCUGCUCUCCUACUUCCACAAGGAGGUCUGCGAGAAGAACUGCACUGCCACCAUCAACCAGCACAAUCAGUACCUUCAGGAGUCGGUCUUCCCCCAGAUCAUGAAGGACCUGGACCAGAAGCUGGACAUACCCGCCUCCGAGCAGGCCUCUUUCCAGAAAAUCCAGACUCAGAUCACCUCCGCCAUCGAGAAGGACUGCAAGUCUGAAGGCGACAAGCCUCUGUGCAAUGACCUCGAGGGUUUGGCCAACUACGGCAUUUGUGCGCUCAAGGCUAGCCAGCCCAUCAUUAUGAACAACAUUGGCCAGCUCCAAGGCUCUGUGAACAUCACCGACGCCGACUGCACCAAGAUCAAGCAGAUCGAUUCCGACGCGACUGUCUGGCAGAAGACCCUCCCCGGGUACGUUGACAAGUUCGCUCAGCUGUGUUCGCGGGACCAACAAUCCGGUGAUAGAAGCCUGCUAUAUCGCAUGGACUCUGACGCUGUAGCAGCAUCUGGGAUGCUCGCCGUCGCUCCUUUGGACGCGUCGAUUCGCAAUGAAGAAUACGGAUCCACUGAACAUCUCGGCAUGCCAUACUCGGUACUAUGCCCCGCCCUAAAGUCGACAAAAAAGCGAUGCAGUGGGACAUUUCCAUGCUCAAAGUGCAUCAGGCUCGGACGCGCCGAUACAUGCGUGCCGAGUCCACGGCCCGCUGCUCAACGGCCGACUGCAAACACCCGAAUUUCCGACAAUAGCAAUGUAACAUAUGAUUCUGGGCGUCGACCAACCACAACCCUUGGUGCGAAUACCUUGGCAGGUCGGGCAGAUUCCGCUAGCUUCGAGGCUUCGGAGCCGAGUCGAUCGACAGUAGAUACUCAGCCUAUGUCCCCAGAAACGUUACAUAGGACCCAUCCACGGAUGCUCCGCAAUCUCCGUGGCGAACGAGUCUAUGUGGGAAAGGCUGCCUCCUUGUCCUUCCUACAAUUGGUCCGAGACACUGUAUCACAGUAUAUUGGGCCAUCGCAAUUCUCGCACAAUGUGAAAAGUGAAGAUAUGCUGGAGACGGAGACACCGCAUGGAACUCCUCCAACACUAGAGAGUAGCCUGGACUCAUAUCAGCUACUCCAGUACUAUCAGACCUAUAGCUCUGCUACUAGUGGCUUUAUCUACGUCUUGUCAGGUGCGGAAGCUAUGGAAAUUCUUGAUGCAUUGAUUGAGCCUAGCACACAUCCGGAUAGAACAGAGAUGGCCGUCGCAGAUAUGAUUAUCGCUAUCGGGGCACAGGCUAGCAAACGCACUGUAUCGACCGAGCAAGCCGAGCGCUAUUUCUUCUCCCGUGCUCAACGCAGCGCCUUUGAGGGGAUGUUAGAAAACCCAAGCCUACCUCUGAUACGGUUGUUCCUAUUGAUGUCCUUCUAUAUGCUUGGUGCUUGUCGUCGGAAUGCUGCCUUCAUGUAUCUUGGAGUGGCUGUCCGGGCUGCCGUGGCAUUGGGUCUUCAUCUUACCGAGCUCGCGGAUGCCGUGCCUAAUCCUGAGCAACACCAGAGAGCAAGGGUGUGGAUGAGUGUCUAUAACCUGGACCUCCUGGUAAGCUCUAUCCUUGGGAGGCCGGCUGCGACAGCUGCUCUACGUUCAGAGACAGGUGAUGGGCCUAUCCGUUACACACUCCUGGAGGGCCACAUGUCGAUGGGCUUGGUUGCGUCCUACGGAGUCUCGAGGAUCUUAGAGGAGAUUAUCUCGUCUAUGUACAGCAAAGAAGGAGCCUCGGCUGAUCUCGCAUAUUCGCUCCUAGCCAAACUUAAGCAAUGGAGCGAUGAACUACCAGGCCCAUUGGUAGAACCUCCUACCCUUGACUUCGAGGAACCUGCUGCGCGAACCCAUAUCAUCAACAAUCUUCACGUUGCGUGCAUCUACCAUUUUGCGGUAAUCACAGCCACGCGACCCUUCCUGGUGUCAGUAUUAGGCGUGCGGCUGGCGCGGUUGCACAACGACUCUACAGACGGCGCAUCAGGUGAUCUGUUGCAUGAGGAGGCGGCACAUUCCAAUCUGGCGACUGCUUGCAUCGAUUCGGCCUUGUACAUGAUACAGACGUGCUCCGAGGUGCACCGCUCUGGAUUAAUGCUAGGUAAUAUGUGCAUACUGAAAGCUUUUGUAUUCGCUGCCGCUUUGGUUCUCGGAUUCUCAAUGUUCUCUCGGAAGGAGGCAGAGCCCUCGCAUGAACGGGCUUACGGGGAAGCCCUGGAGAUCCUUCGUGUGCUUUCGGAGCAGUCCGCCCAGGCAGCACAUUACUAUGAGAUACUUAGUUGCCUGGGCAAUGCCGUUGCUGAGCAGCGUCGACGACUUGUGCAGCAUUCCCGCCAGGCCAAGGGGCGAUAUGUCAGUAAGCUUUUCAGUCUGGAUGAUCGCAGGCCCUCUGUGGAGGUGCAACGGGGGUUAGACACGCCAUUGUUGAAUAGCGUUUCUGCUAUAUCCCCUGAGUCCGGCAUCUCGGAUCCAUGGGCUGGUAUUCAGCGCCUGGGUUUUAUGGACUCUCUGGAGAUCGAUGCAGCAUUCACUGGUCUCGACGGUAUGCAGCUGCCGGUGUGGGAUAGCUUUCCCUUCGUUGGCGAGGCUUUUCAAUUGCAGGGCAGGGUAAGUGAUGUAACUUGA